UGAGUGCUGAAGAUGAUUUCUACUUUCGUCAAGAUUUUUGCAUAUUUUAUGCUUCCAGGAUUGGUUAUCAGUAUUUGUAAUUUUCAUACACUUCAGGUUACAUUUGUGAAAGAGUUUGGAUCAAAAAAAAUUUUGAUUACAAAGGAACUACCAACAGUAACACUAAACGAAAAUGAAUCUAUUCAAUUAUAUUGUGAAGGUGCGCUAAGAAUGGAUUGUAACGGUUAUAACAAUUAUAACAGUUACGAGUAUUUACAGAAAUUGCCAGAUCUUAACCUAAUCGAAGUUCGUUGUUUCUUAAAUGAACUUUUCUUAAAGCAGCACCAAAGUAAAAAGUUUUGUAGGAAUGUGUUGAUUUCUUGCUCUGAAUCAAGUGGAUUGAAAUUGUAUGAAAGUAAUCAGAAGUUACCUCAUUGUGAUAAAUAUAUGUCGAUGGGAAUUGGGGCGUCUUUUUCUGAACUCGAGGAAGUUUCAUUAGCCAUAUGUUAUGACUGGGAAAAUUUGUCGCUAAAAUACGUGGCAUUCCUAACUUCUUACUCAAACACGAACUUAGAAGUUUUCUACAAAAAUCAACAUUCGAAAAAGCUCGAUAUAGUCACAUUAGAUAAAGUUCUUGACAAUUAUGAAUUGUAUUUUGACUUUAUGAGUGACCCUUCUUUUCAAGUACAACUAAAAGAUUUAAGAUUAAGGAAUGCAAUACUUAAUGGUUUGGAUUUCGACUAUUUAAGUAUUGCAGACGCUUCCAAAUUUACUGCUCAGACCAAAAUUCUAAACAUUGUGUGGUGGAGAAAUCUGCACCAAGGUAACUGGAGACAGUAUCAGACGAUAUUAAAACAGCGUACCAACACAGUUCAAUACCAGGUUUACCUUGGCACUGCUGGAAUCAUAAGCAUCCCUACAGAGAACUGCAAUCAAAACCAAGCGUUGCUAAAUGCACCUGAAUAUAUUUGGUCGUAUUUGAUAUCAACAAAUUCUAGCCAGAAUGCAGAAGAGUUAGUAAUUGUUGCCUACAACUCACCAUUUGCAAAAUUAAAUGAAGAGAACAGUCCAAUAUUUUGUCAAGAUAUUUGUGAUGAAGUUUCGUGGCUUAAUUCAACAAUAUUUCGGGAAUUGCGCUUAAUUCCAACUCAAGGGGUGAUGUUCUGCUGCCGUCCUGAAGAUGUUUCUCAACAAUUUCCUUCUUUUCCUAUUAAUACUAACCGAGAAAUUUCAGCACCACCUAUUCUCCAUAAUACUUUUGAACAAUUUCCUUAUCUUCCUAUUAAUACUAACCGAGAAAUUUUAGACCCACCUAUUCUCGACUCUGACGAGGAGAUGACUCUUGAUGACAAGUCCAAUUCAAAUAUUAAUUUUAUGGAAAUAUAGAAAUCAUUUCUUGAAAACAUGUUAACUUUACAUAAAUGAAAAAUAAUUAUAUUACUUAUAUUGCAAAUGAAUUAAAAAUUUGAAAAAAAUUA